CGUUCGUUCAGUAUGGUUUCAAAGCUGAUUGUGUUGUGUUCCCUGGUUGCACUCACAUGUGGCGCCUCUAUUCGGCCAGUUGAUCGGCAAACCCGAUUCCACCGCUUGCCCAGCUGGGAAAAUCAGUACCGGCAGCAGGAUCAGGAAUACUCCGAACCAGACUAUUCCUAUUCGUAUGCCGUUCAGGAUAGUUGGACCGGUGACUUCAAGAGCCAGCAGGAAAGUCGACGAGGGGAUCAGGUCCGGGGCCAAUACCGGAUGAUGGAAUCUGAUGGCCGAGAACGGAUCGUCGACUACAGCGCUGACGAUUGGAACGGAUUCAAUGCUAUCGUUAGGCAUCAUCCAAACACAGCUGUUUUGACUCGAGCAAUUCCGGUGAUUUCCUCCGUUGACGUUGAUCCGGAUUACGCUGUGUCUAAUGCAAGAGUUAUGCAGUAUUUAGACACUCCAGUAGUUAUUUCCAAUCAUCAAAUUCGCCACGGAUAAUGAUCAAAAAGGAUCGAGAUUAAUAUUUCCCCAUUGUUAUACCAAAAAGUGAGAAACGGAACGUGAUUUAGAUUUUUAAUUGCACAUCACUAUUUAUUUGAUAUAAAUACAAAUUUAUGUGAUUCAGGAUAUUUGUAAACAAAGUCUGAAAAAUCUAUCGCAUGAAUAGCGUUGAACUGUGAUUAAUAAACUUGUUAUA